AUGGCAUCAUAUGAAUGUAUCUAUGGAAUCCCACAGAGCUUACUCGUUUUGCUUCAAAGAACCAUUGAUCUGAUUGAUAGGGUCGAUGCGGCGAGGAAGAAUCAUAGCAUCACAUCGAUGCCAAAAGAUUUGGACAGAACGUGCGAUGAUAUUGAAAGAGAUAUCUUCGACUGGCCACUCGACUUGGAACUCACUCGGUAUCGAGAUGCCGACAUUGACACGAGCUUUGAGAUCAUCUAUCACCAAACACAUUCAUUUCAUAACGCUCUCAUUAUUUACUUCUCCCAGAAUGUCAGACUACUCAGCCAUAGGUAUCUCCGCCAGUAUGUGACGGAGGUUCUCCAUGACAUUGAAACAAUCGAGGACAUCAAGGCCGAGAGCAAGCUACUUGCUGCACCCCUCUUCUGGCCGGCUUUCAUGGCGGCAACGGAAGCUCAUGAUCAGCGUCUCCAAGACCGCUUCCGCCAAUGGUAUACUAAAGUUUCGGUUUACGGCAUCAAGGCGGUGAGAACAGGAACUCAAGUUGUGUAUGAAGCGUGGAAACGGGGGCCCUCGUCUGAUGGUCGUGUGACGAGCCAAUGGCGUACCGUAGUGGAGGAAACAGGGAUGACUUUGAUGCUGACAUGA